AUGUCUACGACCAUCAACCCGACCUGCUCAACUGUGGCAGAGACAUCUACGCUGUCGGAUAUUGAGCCGGCGUCAACGACGUGGGCGGACAUUACUUUCUCGUACCCUGGCUUUACGUCGGACACCUGUGUCAGUCCCGCAUGUACGCCUAAAUACUCGACAUUUGCGACUGUCGUGGACUCGUCUCCGUGUACUUCUGACAUCAGCUCCUCUUCUUACACCCCUUCGAUUGCAAUCUCAGCCCCUUCCUAUCCUCUUCCCUCGUUCGCCUCCGGCUCUGAUACCUACAGCGCGACGUCUCUUGUGUCCCCCUUGACUGGCACCCAGUCGACGUAUACCCAAGCUUCGCUAGCCCCAAUAACCACGUGUACUUCUGGUGUCCUUGGGAGUGGCUGUCCAGAAGGUCCGGGUUGUUCCCAUAACACGACAAUCACCAUCUCGAUCACGAGCACAUCUUAUGUGACAACAACUGUUCACUCGAGCUUCCCUUCAAAUAGCCCUGGAGGCCCUGACACGCAUUCUGUGUCUACGUCCGAGUCAUGCGAGAGCACGACUACCGAUUGGCAAAAUCGGCUUGGGAUAUCCCACCCGAACCCGCCCCUGGUGACCUUGACAUCGGCCGGAUCAGCCACCCACAGCAGCAGCAGCAGCAGCAGCACGUACGGGACCAGUGGCUAUGGUAGCAGCAUAAACACCAGCGACACCGGCGCCCCUAUUACCAUUACAGGUCCUGUAACGCAAAGCCAAUCUCCAUCUCCACCCCUGACAUUCACGUCUCAUUCUAUCACCAGCUACCCUACAAGUACCGGUAUUGGUACUACAAUCACUACCAUGACGAGCCGGAGUAUAAGUACAAGCGCGGGCACCAGCACAAAUCUACUUCCAAGUCAGACCGGGGGUGCAGGAGAGCUGGCGUUGCCAUUCGAAGGACUGGAUAUGGCGACGGUUCUGUUUGUGAGUGCAUGGAUCUUGGUCCUUGGUUUGUGA